GCUGCGCUCAGUUCGAUUCGAUCAUUCGUCGCAGCAAGUUCAACUCGUCAUCGGGCUCCUCACACACUCACACGAAGCGUAGUUGAGAGUCGAGGGUGGCGCAGAGCUUGGCCGAGUCCCAGUCUCACACUCAGUCUCCAAAAAAAAAAAAAAUAAAAUAAAACCGAAACGAAAUAAAAAGGAAAAGAAAAUCCGCGAGAGUGCAUUAACAUUAAACAAUUGUGUGACGUUAUAAUUUGGUGUAUAUUUGUCAAUCAAUGUGUAGAAUUUAUGUGAGCGCGAGUGAAGUGGAAAUCGAAAUAUCGAUAUCGAACUAGUCGGAUUAUGCAAUUGGCCUUUUGCCGAGUGAAAAGUCAAACUGUGUUUUGUAAUGCGCCAAAGAAACGACGAAAAUCAAAAUAAAAGUGAAGCAGCUGCAAAACUCAAGCUACAACGAAACCGCAAUCGGCGCCACUGAAAAGCCGUUUUCUCAAACAAAAACAAAUACAACAAUAACAACUGCAAAAAAACAUAUAUAACUGAAACUUAAGACAUCCAGACUAAAAUGGCGGUUGCUGCGACUGCGACUACGAAUGCGACGAGCAUUUGCGUCAGCUGCGUGCGCCAGCGGCAAAAUCGACGCUGCGUUGGCGUCGGCGUCGGCAGCGGCGCAACCGCAGCCAUUGGCAGUAAUGCCAUUUUGCAAAUUUAUAGCGCCUGGGCGCUGCUCACCUUGCUGGCCGCCAGUGCUGCCAUUGUGCAGAGUGCAGCGGUUUUCGGUGGACUGUCGCAGCACACAUUCAAACCGCUGUGCAGUGCACAACAUGAGCAUUUCAUGGAGAGCGAUGGCAAAGAGUCGAGUCUCAUCAUUGAAUUGAAACCGGACUCGUAUGGAGCUGAGCACAGCACCUGCACCCGCAUACUGAGCGCACCGCCCAGCUUCGGAUUCAUUGUGCGUCUCAUUUUGCCCAAGCUGCGUCACAAUCAACACACAACCGACAAUGACAACUACAACAGCAACAGCAACAGCAACAACGACAACACUCAGUCCCUAUCCAGUGGCAGUUUCGUGUCGAGCAUCAUGCCCUCUGUUGUCAGCACGGCGAGGCCACAGUCACUGUCAUCUGGUUCCUCAGCCCUGACGGGCAUGUCCACGCUGAUUGAGCGACUGAAUACCACAGCAGCAGCAGCAGCAGCAGCAGGAGCUGAAGGUGGACUGACCUCAGCCGCAACAAUUGCGGGACGCACCUGUCCCCUGAACAUUUUCAGCUCAUUGGAUCCGCAUACCGCACAAUGGCGCGUGGAUCCCUGUCAGCUGGAGGAUACAGCCUCCGAGAUGGAGGAUCCUGUGCGUUUGUUCCACGGUCGUGUGCGCAUUGUGUGGGAGCAUGAACAGCAGGAGCUGAAGUCGAAGCUAAUGAUCACGGUGCUGGGCAAGGGAGAACAGUGUAAGGACGCACAAAACAAGCAUCAGUGCCUGAAGAUUGGCGAUGAGCCUAUUCUCUGCAUCUCCAAGGAGCUGGCCUGCGAUGGCAUACGCCAUUGCCCGUAUAGCAAUGAGUAUGACAGCGAUGAGGACUACGAGUUAUGCUAUAAGCAGCGUCGUCCUGGUCUACUGCCAUCGGCCAAAGAGUCCGAUUUGAUCGAGCAAUUCACACUCGAAGUGUUUCGCAAUUUCUUUUUGCACGAUGCACCCAAAAGACCACAGAAUGCCAGCAGCUCCGUUUCGAACAGCAAUUCGACAACGCAGCUGCAUAAAGUUCACACCAAAGAUAUGAAAAAGCCGAAUGGCGAGGCCAACGGUUCACCGAAUGCCAUCGGAGCCGAGCAGACGCCGGAGGCGGAUGGCAAGUCAGGACAGGAUAAUGCCACCAUGGAGAGCAAUGGCAACGCGAAUGCGAAUGCGAAUGGAAAUGGGAACACUGGCGGCAGCGGAUUCACGCGUCGCAACUCGACGAGGACGGGCCUCCACUCGGAUCUGUCCAAGUACGGACCGUGGGGCUAUCUAAUGCUCGGCAUGCUCCUCUGCGGCGGUGCUCUGCUCAUCUGCGGCCUCUGGGUUUCCUGUUGUCGCUUGAGCUCUCACAUUGAAUCCAUACGUUCACUUACAGCAUCCGCAUCCCAGCAUGCGGUCAACAAUGAGCGCGAGGCAGCGCUGGCCGCCGCCAAUGGAGCUGGCCAGGAUCCCACGAAUGCCACCUCGCCGCCCAACUACGAGGAACUGGAUCCACCGCCAGCUUACUCGGUGCUCUUUCCCAAUCAGAAGGCCGCCAGUAGCAAUACUUUGAAUGCCCUGGAUGGCGUCGUUGCCAGCACAACAGCUGCAGCAGCAGCAGCGGCAGCGGCGGCUGCAGCAGCAACAGCAACGGCAGUUGUGGCAGCAACAUCCGUGGCAGAGCAACAGCAGCAGCAGCAAGAACAACAAACCCAGCAACAACAACAACAACAACAACAAGAAAAUCCAGGAGAGCAGCCAACGAACUAGCUAUAAGCCUGACAAGAAGGUCGCCGAAUAAAGGCGCAUCCUGGCAUAAUAGAUUAGGUUUAGGUUCCAACAUCUUUGACUGACUCUGAUGCAAUUAGUUUAGAAAACCAAUUUGAUAGUUAUUAGCCCUAAUUUGUAAGUAUAACUCUAUUUUAAAUGUAUAACGUUAAUGUUAGCUGGUCAACACUAUGUAUGCACCCAAAACUACCCAAAAAAACAAAAGAAACAUGAACACGUCCAAUGUCCAACUGACCAACUGCUAAGCAUGCUGGCUCGGCUGACAAAUCCUAUUUUAAUCAAUUCCAAAAGAAAUUUAAACGAUUGCUUGCAACGCAGAAACUACUCGUAAUCGUAAUCAUACUAUACUUUUAAUAUAUACUGAAUGUAAAAGAAAAAACACACGACAAGCAUCAAUAACAACAACAACAACAACAACAACGACAAGUCGUAUAUUUUUUGUAUCUUUGUUAAUGUAAAAUUUAAUGUGAUAUAAAUUUAAAUCAUAAUAAAAACAAAACCUGUACAAGUUUA